AUGACGACGGAGGGUUUGGGUGGUGGUGCAGACAAAGAUAGAGGUCAGGUUGGCCGAGGUGGAGAGGAUGGAAGAGGUGAUAGUGGUGGUGGGGGAGGUGGUGGUGUUAGAGGGAGAGGUGGAGGAUGGAGGAAGGGUGUAGAACGAGGAGGGCCAUUGCAGGCAGAGGAUGUAGUAGGAGGGGAGGAGACGGGGAAGGAGGAGGGUUUAUCUGAGGAGGGUUCAUCCAAGGAGACCGAGUCGAAGUCGAGGGAGGAGAUGAUGGGGGGAUGGAUAGCACAGUUACAGGAACAAGUUGCUACAGUCACUACUGAGCGAGAUACGAAGAUAGAGAGGUGUGGGCGUGCUGAGGAUCUUGCCCAGUCUCUUCAGCGAGCUACAUCUCAGGGGCCAUUUGGUGAGACAUUGAGAUAG